UCCGCGACGGUAGCAGGGAAGAGCAGCUCACCAUGCCGACGGUGGUGGUGAUGGACGUGUCGCUCUCCAUGACCCGGCCGGUGUCGGUGGAGGGCUCCGAGGAGUACCAGCGCAAACACCUGGCUGUCCACGGCCUCACCAUGCUGUUCGAGCACAUGGCGACCAACUACAAGUUGGAGUUCACAGCUUUGGUGGUGUUUUCGUCGCUCUGGGAGCUCAUGGUGCCCUUUACGAGAGAUUACAACACGCUGCAGGAAGCCCUGAGUAACAUGGAUGAUUAUGACAAAACCUGUUUAGAGUCAGCGCUGCUGGGGGUUUGCAAUCAGGAAUGGGGUGCAGCAAUCCCUUGCCAGGUUGUUCUUGUCACCGAUGGCUGCCUGGGCAUCGGCAGAGGCUCCCUCCGGCACUCGCUGGCCACUCACAACCAGCGAAGUGAAAGCAACCGGUUCCCGCUGCCUUUCCCCUUCCCAUCCAAGCUGUAUGUCAUGUGCAUGGCCAACCUUGAAGAGCUUCAGAGCACGGAUUCCUUAGACUGCCUGGAGCGGCUCAUAGAUUUAAACAAUGGGGAAGGGCAAAUUUUCACCAUCGAUGGACCGCUUUGCCUGAAGAACGUCCAGUCGAUGUUUGGGAAGCUGAUAGACCUGGCGUACACACCGUUCCAUGCUGUUCUCAAGUGUGGCCACUUAACAUCUGAUGUGCAAGUAUUUCCCAGACCAGAACCUUUCGUUAUAGACGAGGAAAUAGACCCCGUUCCUAAAACAAUUAAUACAGAUCUAGAAAUUGUUGGGUUUGUAGACAUAGCUGACAUUUCUAGCCCUCCUGUCCUAUCCAGACACUUGGUACUGCCCAUUGCACUUAACAGAGAAGGUGAUGAGGUGGGACCCGGGAUCACAGAUGACACCGAAGAUGAGAAUUCAGCUAAUCAGAUUGCUGGGAAAAUCCCCAACUUCUGCGUUUUAUUACACGGCAGCCUGAAAGUGGAAGGCAUGGUGGCUGUCGUCCAGUUGGGACCAGAGUGGUAUGGAAUGCUCUAUUCACAAGCUGAUAGCAAGAAGAAAUCAAACCUCAUGAUGUCACUCUUCGAACCUGGUCCUGAACCCCUUCCAUGGCUGGGGAAGAUGGCACAGCUUGGACCCAUUUCAGAUGCGAAAGAAAAUCCUUACGGAGAGGAUGACAAUAAGAGUCCGUUCCCCUUGCAACCCAAGAACAAGCGCAGUUACGCACAGAAUGUUACUGUAUGGAUUAAACCAAGUGGCCUCCAGACAGAUGUACAGAAGAUCUUGAGAAAUGCAAGGAAACUCCCUGAAAAAACUCAGACCUUCUAUAAGGAACUCAAUCGUUUACGAAAAGCAGCUCUGGCCUUUGGCUUUUUGGACCUCCUGAAAGGCGUGGCGGACAUGCUGGAGCGGGAGUGCACCCUCCUGCCUGACACAGCUCAUCCCGACGCAGCGUUCCAGCUCACCCACGCUGCUCAGCAGCUCAAAGUGGCAAGUACUGGAGCAUCAGAAUAUGCUGCCUAUGACCAUAACAUUGCUCCACUGCAGACAGACUUUUCCAGUAGCAGCACUGAAAGAAUGUGAAGUCUCUGUUUUGGGAACGUUUAUAAAGGUUAGGACUCAAGUGGUUCAAAUUUUCUUCUGCUGUUUACUUUCUAAGGUGUUUACUUACUGUUUGGAGGAACUUCUCAAAACAGGGUCCCUUACCUGCCUCAGUGCUCUCUAAAUAAAUGUAGCUAGUUGGUGGUGGCUUUAGUCACACGUCGAAACUGUGGGAAGUGUCUGAAAGUCAGUUCCUGUGCUGGACAAUGGGUGGAAGCUACUCAGUACAUGUGAGGAGAGAGAGAAAAUGCCAUCGUAGGCAACAGACGGCCUCUUGGUUUCCCCAAAAUGCAGUUACUACAUAACUGAACUCACUGGUGAAAGUAUCCUAAAAGGCAGCUACUCUAUGCAGCAAGUUGGUUAGUCCAAAGAACACGUGUGAGAAUCACUGUGUGAGAUCAGAUACACGGUGAAUUUCAGGGCGUCGUCACUCAUUUAUGCCCAGUUUGAAACCAGUCUGCACUGCCCUGAUGAGAGUUACCACUUGCAUUGCAGUGCCUAUGCUCAUGAAAGUAACUUGAUCUUGUGAGACAAGUUUUUUUUUUAUUUGUGUAAUAUUAAUAAAGAGUAAUUCUU